AAAACAUCAAAUGCAAAUCAAAAUCAAAACCAAGAAGAUUGUUUUUUCUUAUAAAUGAUAUUUUGUGUUAACUUAAAAUAUCUCUUGAAAUGAGUGAAAACUUAGAAAACUCAGAAUCCCAACACAAUAAUUAUGGGUACGGAGGAUUUCAAAGAAUCAGCUCCUAUGACCCUAAUAUGUGCACAACUGCAGCAAGGUUUAGUCCAUUCUAUGAUAAGAACAACGUUUCGAAAAUAUCAAAAGAAAAUGCCAGAGUCUAUGAUAGCCUUCCAGGCGUUCAACUUGCAAACCAUAAUGACGACAACGCUGCUGUGGUGUCUUCUGAAAUUCUCAAUCAGGGUUUAACCACUUCAAAAGUUGUCGACGACGACGAAGAUGUCCCUUACAUUGCGUAUAGUAAUGAAAUACCAAUUGACCAUCAAGAUGCCAACACAGAAAUGUCGUGUUCAGUGGAAUUCAUUGACCAGAGAUCAGGUAAUACUUCCUCUGCUCUGGGUACUGUAGCUGGUGAAGUUGAAGUUGAUUACAUUCAACAAAUUGCCAAUCAUCAUAAUGACCAGGAGACGGGAGAACCUAUAGCAACCAAUAUAAUCCUACAUCGCUCACCAAAUGGUCAUUUAUAUCAGAAUUUCUAUGUUACCAAUGAAGACGAAAGAUCAGAAGAAAUAGUUGAGCUUAUUCCAAUAAACUCUUCGGAUGUUACACAUCUGUGUGAUGCGGAUGGAGAAAGCUAUGCCCUGCAACCGUAUGAAUUCACAUCCGAAAGUCACUUAGAAACACUUGAACCACAUCAUCCAAUUGACACGGAUGUUGUUGACUUCCAAGAAAAUGAACAACAAAUAAUCACAGCAGAAAUGUUAACCAGAGAUCAACAGAGAAUUCUACUGGAGAGCACCAUGUCACCAUUGCUUGCAGCGGUUAAUGACAUCACUCAAAGAGACAAACAGUUCUUGUCUUGUGUUAAUCGACAGGGUAUAGAAGAUAAAUGUUCAGAUGAUUACAGUAAUGAGAUCAAUGCCCAGAAUACGGACUCGUCAGAAGAUGAUGACUAUGUUUUCGUUUCAGAUAGAAUCAUUGAAAGCCGAGCAAGAGCAACUCUGCCAACAAAUUACCUCUAUCUUGGUCCAAUAAACGCUGAUACAAAUGAACCUUCUGUCUAUGCAGUAAAAGAAAUUCUGCAGAGAACAAAGUUUGGUCCAUUCGAAGGAGAAACCCGUUGCACUAAUGAUAUUUUUCUGAACAUCUUAAGGUCUCAACAUCCACGGCACUAUCCUCUUUUGUUAGUUGCAAAGUCCAAAAUUCUCAUUGUUACCAAUGAAAAUACCUCCAAUUGGAUGCGAUUUGUGCGUCUGGCCAAAACCUUCGCCGAACAAAAUCUCCAAAUAAUCGAAGAAAAUGAUCGAAUCUACUUUAAAUGCAAUCGUGAUAUUCAUCCAAAAGAAGAACUUCGAGUUGGCUACCAUAGUUCCUAUGCAGAAAAAUAUAAUCUACCAAUCUUGAAGCCAUCUCUGGAGGAAACACAAAAGAAAUACGAAUUUGAUAACCCUUGGAUGUGUUUUGAAUGCGAUCAAAGAUUCCGAACAUCACAAGAAAUGCAAACCCACUUAAAAGUUCAUGACUUAGAAGAUGCAUCCUGCAUCAUAUCGAAACGGAAAAUCAAAAGGAAAAGAAUUAAGUUCAAGAAGAUCUCUGAAUUGCCUAAGAAUUCGAGUAGAUGUUUGAUUUGUUUUAAGGUUUUCAUGACAAAUGCAAGUUUAAAAAAACACUUUGCAUUGCAUAUAGCUGCAAAUAAAACAAAACCCAAAGUCAUAAAAUCACCAACAAAGCGUCCAAUUCACAAAUGCAGCUUGUGUUCGAAAAAGUUUCUAUCCGAGAGUAAAUUGAAGUCUCAUGAGCGAAUACACAGUGAUAUCAAAAAACCCCAUAAAUGCCCGAACUGUGAUCAACAUUGUACAACUCCAGCGGCUCUGGCAGCUCAUGUUCGUAGCCACACAAAUCGUCUUUAUUCGUGCGUCUUCUGUCAAGAGGCUUUCAAAUAUGUUGUAGAUUUUAAAAAGCACGUUUCUAAGCAUAAAGUUGAUGGUUUCUUCAUUUGUUUUCAUUGUAAAAAGAGUUAUAAAGAAUAUCACAUAGUUCGGAGACAUAUACGAAUUUUCCAUCCAGCCGUGAAGUAUCCAUGCAACGAAUGCGAUCGUUUGUUUCUACACAUGAGUUUCUUGCGGCGUCACAAGGCCACUCAUGCCAAAAAGAAAUGUAUUCAAUGUCCGAAGUGUGAUCAGCAAUUCGAAAAAGUACUCGAACUUCGACAACAUGUAAAGGCUUUCCACAAAACGAAGACAAAAAUAAAAAAGGAAAAAGCUGCCGAGGAAAAAUCAGUUGUUAAGAAAGAAGGUCAAAAAAUGUCUCCCAAAAAAGAUAAAGCUCUCAAAACCUCCAAAGAGAAUUCAACAAUUGCAGAAAAUUAUUACCAAUGUCAAUUCAAAUGUGAUGAAUGUCACUUAGGUUUCAAGAGGCGUGGGAUGCUUGUAAAUCACUUGGCGAAAAAACAUCCGGAGCAGAAUAUCGAUGCAAUUGAUGAAUUAAACCAACCAAUAGUUAAACUUCAGACAAUGUUCAAAUGUCUUCAUUGCCCAAAGCUCUAUAAAAACAAUGCAAAACGAAAAGCUCAUAUUUUAAAGAAUCAUCCGGGGAUGGAGAUUCCUCCGUCAUUUCGAAAAAAUCCCGUGCUUAUAGAUCCCAACGUCCAGACAGUGGGAUGCAUUAAGGCUGAGGUACAAAAGUGUCAUUUGUGCUACAAACAGUACGUCUCAAGAAUGCGUCUUAUUGCACACUAUCGAAAAGCCCACAUGGACGAAAGUAUACCAGAAGUUCAAAGCAAACAAGAGUAUUUGAUUCAGAAUCUUAUCGAAGAACCAUGCAUGGAAUCGGUUUUAGAUAUUUACCAGCCUCCAAUAUCACCAGAAAAUAAACUCUUGAAAUUAUCUUCGGCAGCUCUGGAACUGUCCAGCAUUGAAGAUAGGAAGUAUUUUGAUUUUCUCAAUGAAAGAUCAGACACAACGGACUUAGGCAAUCGGAAUAGUUAUAAAAUCGAGGAAAAUGAAUUCGUUGAGAGUUCUUCGAAUGCAGACUUGAAUCGACUGCCGGAAUUAUUUGAAGAAUCAAUAGCCUGUAUUUGAAGAGUGCUUUUAGAUUUGCUGUCUUUAAUAUUUUUUUUUUAAAUGUUGAGUUUAUUAAUGUUAAAUAAUUUAUAAAGAAAUAAAAAUAUAUACAUUUUUAUAUGAAAUUAACAAAUGGUACGUCUAUCAUUUGAUCAAAAGAAUAACCCUUUCCCAGGAAUGAGACUUUUUUUUUAUAGAGAGUCAAUUUCCGGAAAAUGCGAAGAAAAGCGCUCAACUAGUAAAGAUAUUAAAAUCGUUAAAAAGUCGAAAAGCCCUGAAUUCAAUUUGGAAUUAUUUUUUUAAAAAUAUCUAAAAAAAAUACAAAAGCUUUUUUGAAAACUGGGGUGGAAUCGGCUAAGGUGAUUUUUGAUUGUCACCUUUGUGAUCAUAAAAAGUGAUCAAACUAAUUUUUGCGUCUGUGUAAGGUAAUCACCAAAUUUUGUUAAGAAUUUGGUAUCACUUUAAAAGAAAUUCACUGACGUUUGUUACAAUUUCAGUGGUUGUAUUCAAAAACCGAUCUGAAGCUAUCCGGAUUAUUAUGUAAUUAUAAGUUUUGAUGUACCAAGUAGGCACGAUGAUGUUCUGCCUGCACAAUAGUCAGCAUUUAACUUUUCUCGUUGAGCACUCUGUCUCCAUACAAAGCUGUCGUGAGCAGUCCCGCCAUAUUUUGCAUUUAUUGCCAGAAUUUUUCUGUUCUCGUUGCAGAUCUAGGAAACACAAAUUAAUGAAUCAAAAAAUUGGCUUACGAUCAUAGCGUUACA